GGACGCGCAGCGCCAUGUCGCGGGUCGUGCAGAAGAAGAACCACUGGUCCAGCCGGGUGCGGCAGUGCGCGCUGACCCGCGGGCCCGGCGGGCAGCUGGGCUUCGCCCUGCUGGGCGGCGCGGAGCACGGCGAGUUCCCGUACGCGGGCGCGGCGGCGGGGGACGGCGAGGCGGCGCUGAGCGAGGGCGAGCUGCUGCUGGAGGUGCAGGGGGUCCGCGUGUCGGGGCUGCCGCGCUACGACGUGCUGGAAGUGAUCCGGAGCUGCAAGGACCCCAUCGUGGUGAAAGCCGUCCGACAAGGCAACAGGCUGAACAAAGAUCUGCGCCAUUAUCUGAACCAGAGGUUUCAGAAGGGGUCCCCAGACCAUGACCUGCAGCAGACCAUCAGAGACAACCUCUAUCGCCACGCUGUGCCUUGCACGACCCGCCCUCCAAGAGAAGGAGAAGUGCCUGGUGUGGACUAUAACUUUCUGACUGUGGAGGAAUUUCUGGAGUUGGAGAGAAGUGGGACCCUUCUGGAAGUAGGAACUUAUGAAGGUAACUAUUAUGGAACGCCGAAGCCUCCAAGCCAGCCCCUCAGUGGGAAAGUGACUUCCACCAAUGCUCUGCAAAACCUGCAGCCUGGCUCCAAGCAGUCGACUCCAAAGCGAACCAAGUCUUACAAUGAUAUGCAAAAUGCUGGCAUAGUGCAUACAGAGAAUGAGGAAGAGGAUGAUGUACCUGAAAUGAGCAGUAGCUUCACAGAGUCUGGAGAGCAAGAGGAGCAGAGCGCGCAGAUCGCGAGAGAGGCGGCCCCCGCGUCCAGCAUCGAGAGGCACACCCACGCCCCCACCACGGACCCUUCCCAGAGCCUCCCCCAGUACCUACCUCCUUCUGCCGAGGACAGCCUAGGGCCUCUGCCAGAAAACUGGGAGAUGGCCUACACGGAGAACGGAGAAGUCUAUUUUAUAGACCAUAAUACAAAAACAACAUCUUGGCUAGAUCCACGGUGCCUGAACAAGCAGCAGAAGCCUCUAGAAGAAUGUGAAGAUGAUGAAGAAGGGGUGCACACGGAGGAACUGGACAGUGAACUAGAGUUGCCUGCUGGUUGGGAGAAAAUUGAGGAUCCCGUAUAUGGUGUCUACUAUGUAGACCACAUCAACAGGAAGACACAGUAUGAAAACCCAGUUCUUGAAGCCAAGAGGAAGAAGCAGCUGGAGCAGCAGCAGCAGCCCCCAGAAGAAUGGACAGAGGAGUGUCCAUCUCUCCCUCCACCUGCUGCUCCAAACCAUGUUUCAAACAACCAAGAGGCAGUUCGGGAAGCACCAGUACAAGGAAAACCUUUUUUUACACGAAACCCUUCUGAGUUGAAAGGGAAGUUCAUCCACACCAAGCUAAGGAAAAGCAGCAGGGGGUUUGGCUUCACUGUCGUUGGAGGGGAUGAGCCAGAUGAAUUCCUCCAAAUCAAAAGUUUGGUGCUCGAUGGUCCUGCAGCGUUGGAUGGCAAAAUGGAAACAGGGGACGUCAUAGUCAGCGUGAACGACACCUGUGUGCUGGGGCACACUCACGCCCAAGUGGUGAAAAUCUUCCAGUCCAUCCCCAUCGGUGCCAGUGUGGACCUGGAACUGUGCCGGGGCUACCCCCUGCCCUUCGACCCCGACGACCCCAACACCAGCCUGGUCACGUCCGUGGCGAUUUUGGACAAAGAGCCGAUCAUUGUCAACGGGCAGGAGAACUACGACUCCCCAGCCAGCCACAGCAGCAAAACAGGGAAAGUAAACGGCACAAAGGAGGCCAGGCCCAGCAGCCCUGCUGAGGUCUCCUCCAAUGGACCCCACGGCUACCCCAACGACACGGUGUCUUUGGCAUCCUCCAUCGCCACGCAGCCUGAACUCAUCACUGUGCACAUAGUGAAGGGGCCCAUGGGCUUUGGGUUUACUAUAGCAGACAGUCCCGGUGGGGGCGGCCAAAGAGUCAAACAAAUCGUGGACAGCCCACGGUGCCGCGGGCUGAAGGAGGGAGACCUCAUAGUGGAAGUCAACAAGAAGAAUGUGCAGAGCCUCACUCACAACCAGGUGGUGGAUAUGCUGAUUGAAUGUCCUAAGGGAAGCGAGGUCACGUUGCUGGUGCAGCGAGGAGGACUGCCAGUCCCAAAGAAGAGCCCAAAGUCGGUAAGCACUUUUCAGCUACUAUUUCUGUCUGUUUGUCUGCUUUGGAGGGGAAAAGCAUGAGUUUGGCUUGUUUGCUUUCUGGGUCUCGAUUGUUUUAAGUUGUCUUUCUGUUGCAACCAUGAUUACCUCGCACGGCUCCUGCUGCAUGGGGAGAUGAGAGGGGGAUGCAGUACGGAAGGGAGACUUGUUUGCAAAUAAAGCCUUUAGGUUUACAAAUCUGCUUCCCUGACAGAUGAGCUUCUCUG